GUUGGUGGCACCCGGGCUGGACCGCAGCGGCAGCGGCUCUGGAGCUGUGGAGAGCGGGGGAGGGGAGCGGCAGCGGCGGCGGAGAAUCUCGGAGGCUCUGGCAGCCAGGGGUCUCUGAUCGCGGCGACGGGCCCCGGGCUGAAAGGGCGGCGGGUGGUGGCGCCCCGAGCGGCUGGCUCAGCAUGUCGGUCAGCGUCCACGAGACCCGCAAGUCGCGGAGCAGCACAGGGUCCAUGAACAUCACACUCUUCCACAAGGCGUCGCACCCUGACUGCGUGCUCGCCCACCUCAACACACUGCGCAAGCACCGCAUGUUCACCGACGUCACGCUGUGGGCCGGGGACCGCGCCUUCCCCUGCCACCGCGCCGUGCUGGCCGCCUCCAGCCGCUACUUCGAGGCCAUGUUCAGCCACGGCCUGCGCGAGAGCCGGGACGACACGGUCAACUUCCAGGACAACCUGCACCCCGAGGUGCUGGAGCUGCUGCUGGACUUCGCCUACUCGUCGCGCAUCGCCAUCAACGAGGAGAACGCCGAGUCCCUGCUGGAGGCCGGCGACAUGCUGCAGUUCCACGACGUGCGGGACGCGGCCGCCGAGUUCCUGGAGAAGAACCUCUUCCCCUCCAACUGCCUGGGCAUGAUGCUGCUGUCGGACGCCCACCAGUGCCGCCGGCUCUACGAGUUCUCCUGGCGCAUGUGCCUGGUGCACUUCGAGACGGUGCGGCAGAGCGAGGACUUCAACAGCCUGUCCAAGGACAUGCUGCUGGACCUCAUCUCCAGCGACGAGCUGGAGACGGAGGACGAGCGGGUGGUCUUCGAGGCCAUCCUCCAGUGGGUGAAGCACGACCUCGAGGGGCGGAAGGCCCACCUGCCCGAGCUCCUCCGGAGCGUGCGGCUGGCCCUGCUGCCGUCCGACUGCCUGAAGGAGGCCGUGUCCAGCGAGGCCCUGCUCACGGCGGACGAGCGCACCAGGCUCAUCAUAGACGAGGCGCUGCACUGCAAGACCAAGAUCCUGCAGAACGACGGCGUGGUCACCAGCCCCUGCGCCCGGCCGCGCAAGGCAGGCCACACGCUCCUCAUCCUGGGCGGCCAGACCUUCAUGUGCGACAAGAUCUACCAGGUGGACCACAAGGCCAAGGAGAUCAUCCCGAAGGCAGACCUGCCCAGCCCCCGGAAGGAGUUCAGUGCUUCCGCAAUCGGCUGCAAGGUCUACGUGACCGGGGGCAGGGGCUCCGAGAACGGGGUCUCCAAGGACGUGUGGGUGUACGACACUGUCCACGAGGAGUGGUCCAAGGCGGCCCCCAUGCUGAUCGCCCGCUUCGGCCACGGCUCCGCCGAGCUGGAGAACUGUCUGUACGUGGUGGGGGGACACACGUCGCUGGCAGGCGUCUUCCCCGCCUCCCCUUCUGUCUCCCUGAAGCAGGUGGAGAAGUACGACCCUGGGGCUAACAAGUGGACGAUGGUGGCCCCGCUGAGGGACGGAGUCAGCAACGCGGCCGUGGUGAGUGCCAAGCUGAAGCUGUUCGUUUUCGGGGGCACCAGCAUCCACCGGGACAUGGUGUCCAAGGUCCAGUGCUACGACCCCUCGGAGAACCGGUGGACGAUCAAGGCCGAGUGCCCCCAGCCCUGGCGGUACACGGGGGCCGCCGUGCUGGGCAGCCAGAUCUUCAUCAUGGGAGGCGACACGGAAUUCACGGCCGCCUCCGCCUACCGCUUCGACUGCGAGACCAACCAGUGGACGCGGAUUGGGGACAUGACCGCCAAGCGCAUGUCCUGCCACGCCCUGGCCUCGGGCAACAAGCUCUAUGUGGUGGGGGGCUACUUUGGGACCCAGAGGUGUAAGACCCUGGACUGCUACGACCCCACUGCGGACACGUGGAGCUGCAUCACCACCGUGCCCUACUCGCUCAUCCCCACGGCCUUCGUCAGCACCUGGAAGCACCUGCCUGCGUGAGGAGCCCCCGCAGAGCCAGGCUCUGCAUGUUUCUCCCUGUCCCUGGCUGCAGCCCUCACUGUCACAGAGUGGCCCUGUCCCUACCCGCCACAGCCGGAAGCUCAGCCGGCGCCGGGCCAGCCCUCCAAGUGAAGUGGCCGGCAGCAUUGGGCUUGGGAGAUGUCCUGAGCUUAGACAAGAGAAGUCCUCUCCAGCGGCGUGUCUGCCUGAGGCUUUUUCCACUGUGCAGUGGUUUGGGGGGAGGGGACCUUCCCCGGGGCAUGCAGUGACGCCAGGACUCCUUUAGCCUCCAGGAGGAGGACACGGGUGCAGAGCUUUGAGGUCGUAGGUUUCAGCAAGUCCUGGAGGGGGCUUGGGGGCCAGGCCGGGAAAAGCCCCGGGGUAGGGCAGGGGGGUGGGCAGCACCAAGGGCACAGCUUUGUUUGACUCAGGGCUUCCCUGUGGGCGUUGUAAUGUCACCGGAAGAGGAUGUCCCAGGCCUCAGGGAAACAGGGUCCAGCAGGACUGAGAGCAGACAUUACCAAGGAGAAAACCAAGGCCACACUUUGUAAGGGGCAGAACCUGUAGGGUGAUCUCAGUGGCAUCCACGCAGCCUCACCAGCAGAUGACACCCAGACCGUGGGUUAUAGAGGAAAUCUCCUGUGGGCUCCUCCGUGGAGGUGGGCGUGCCCUUGGUGACUCUGCCACCUCCCGCCAGGCCAGCUGUGCCCCAGGUGCAGACACAUGUCCUGCCAGUCACACAGCAGGACCCAGGGCCUGGAGAGCCACAUGCUGUUAGACAAGGAUCGCCUCCCCUCCACAAGCAGCAGCCAUGACCCCAUGUCCUGAUGGGACCACGCUGGUCUGCAGGUUGUGGCCCUCCCCUUCGAGACAAGCAGCUGGGGACCCAGAGGGACUCCGGGGUGCCCACUGUAGAUCCCACAGUGCUGGACGAUCUCAGGGUAGAGACCAGCAACGAGGUCACCACCCCUGACCCCAACCAGCACCCACUAGUCUCUGGCAUCCUGGCCUUCCAGCUGGUAACUGGAUUUGGCCCCUCUGCCCUGAGCUCACAAAGUGACCACGGUCCCAGGAGAACUGCCAGACAUUUGUUCAUUUUUUUUUUCACCUUCCAAGUCACUGGGACCCCCUCAUCAGUCUCUCCCUAGCAUCCAGGGUUCUAGAGAGAUCUGCUCCUCCCAGCGGCCACCCUGACACCCAGGGCCACAGUUUCCAGCUCAUCGCUCGCUCACCCCAGUGUGCCAUCACUGGAGGUGGGGGGAACCCUUGUGCCUGGGCCAAGACCUGUGGCUCCCACCUGCCCUCCGUGCCGUGCUGCCUGGCCGGUCCGGGGCCAGGCUCCAAAGUGAGGCCAUGUCACAAGCCAGCUGCCUUCGUAAUUCGGCCCUGCCCCUCGCAGGACCUCCGUGAGGGCACUAGCCCUUGGGCUUCUGGCGGACUCGGACCUUGCCAGGCUCGCCCACUGAUGAACACCAGCUGCCACCGUGGAACCUUCUGGAGCAGAGAGCACAUCUCCUCUUCAGACCGCACACACUCUCUGGGUCAGGGCCUGCCUGUGCUGCGGUGCUCCCUCAGCCACCCCGCUGCUGCCGCCGUGGGCUCUGGUCCCAGGAGAUGGCUCUGCUGGAAAACCCCGGGAAGCCCCUGGGGCCUGAGGCUGGGAGGCAGCUCUGCAGGAGCCGCUGACCCCGUCGGGCUGCAGAGCUGAGCUAAGCACACUUCUCGCAGCACAAAGGACCUCACGGGGCUUUCCUCAAAUGUGGAUACUUUUUCCUGUUUCUAAUUUAAUAAAUGAAUUGAGAACA